CACUUCUUCUUCACAAAACUUGCUUGAAUUUCCAAUUUCCAAGUUUUAGCAAUAUCCUUCUCAUACUUCCAAGUUUCACUUAUUGAAAAUGCCAACCCUCGAAAGUACAGCCUCUAUCAUCAGCCAGCUUGAGGAAGAAAAUGGAAGGUCUAAACUUCGACCUGAUCAAGUCGCCGUAGCCUAUCGGGGACCACCUCUCCCAUUCACUCUACCCGAUCUCGUUCUCCCGAACAUCCUCGAUCUCGACAACACGGAUGAGAGGCUGUGGGUGCCUCAAGCCCCAGGAGUCUGGUUCCGUCCCCUCUUCUUCAGUACAAGCAAUGGCCUUUUCGUCAACAUUCUGCGCGUUCGGCGGAGUGGCAUUUUAUCCCGACACCGCCAUGCCGGUCCUGUGCAUGCAAUAACCCUUCGCGGGAAGUGGCAUUACCUCGAACAUCCAUGGUGGGCCACCACAGGGAGCUAUGCGUUCGAGACUCCAGGAGAUAUCCACACACUCGAGGUUCCGGAAGGAGUGGAAGAGAUGAUGACCUUGUUUCAUGUCAGAGUGACUCCAUUAGUAUGUACUGUGUAA